AUGUCCAACAACAUGGUGAAGAUUGCUGAGGCUCGCAAGGCCGUGGAGCAGCUGAAGAUGGAGGUCAAUAUAAACCGCAUGAAGGUGUCUGCGGUGGUCUCCGACAUUAUGACCUUCUGCCAGUCUCAUGCCGUCUCCGAUCCGCUCGUUGCUCCGGUUCCGGCAGCGGAGAAUCCAUUCCGGGACAAGCGAUUGGUCUGCAUCCUACUGUGA